AUGACUCUACUGCCUCCGACCCUCGUCCAGUCCACCUUGGGCGAGAAGUGCGCAGUCUACCUAGACCAAGUCACCGACAAUCUCCCCAUCCACCUGCAGUCGCUUCGCCUUCGACUGGCUCCGAUUCUCACCUACCUGUCCUCCACACCCCUCGGGCCCCUCGUGCAAACACUACCUGUCGCCGCCGACGACCAACCCCUCGCCCUUCUCGCAGCUGUCAUCGUCUGCCUGUUUACUGUCGCCUUCAUGAGCUGGCGCAACCCCCUAGGUAUGCUGCGGCGUACACCAAGCUACGCUCCCGCAUCCGACCCGCAAGUCAGCGACGAGCACUUCAGCUAUAUCACACCUGAUGAUGUUGUCGACCCCCCAACAGAAGACGUAGGGCCAGAUGUCAUCGCCCUCCGCCACCGUGGCACCAUCUACCCACUGAAAUUUCGCCCAUACGCAAUUGGCGAUGGCGCCCUGACCAUCGGAGACCUGCGACAAGAAGCCGCUCGCGCAACGGAGGCCAUCCACCCGGACUGUGUUAGACUGUUAUAUAAGGGAAAACUGCUGAAGGACAACACACGCUCAUGCAAAGCCGAAGGACUGAAGCAACACUCAGAGGUGCUGUGCGUGGUGUCCGAACCGCAAGCCAGCGACUCCGACGAUGAACACCGCAUCCCAAAAGCAAUAGCCCCGGCCCCAGCACCAGCUCAUCCGCAGGUUUCCCGUCCCACCAGCUCCGACGCAUCAUCUCCUCCCACACCCCCAGGCUUCAAGAGCAAGAACAAACGAAAGAAGAACCGCAACGGCAAAAAGUCGCCCACCCGCACAGAAUCCCCUCAACCUAAACCCGACCGCUCGACCAACCCCUCGCCUUCACCAAACCUGAAGCAGCUCCACACCCCGUUGGAACAAGUCAGUGCGUUGGCGGGCUGGCUCCGGCUGGAGAUGAUCCCGCGUUGUGAGGAAUACGUUUCGAACCCGCCCAGCGACAUGAAGCAACGGGUGCAAGAAUAUAACAAACUGAGCGAGACGAUCCUUGCACAGGUCAUGUUGAAGGCGGAUGGAAUUGAGCCGGAUGGAAACCAGGCGGCUCGGGAGGCUCGUCGUGCGCUUAUCAAAGAGGCACAGGCUGCUCUCACCGCGUUGGAUUCCAUUCCUCGGUCGUGA